AUGCCAUAUAUACAAUGGCUGAAUACAUAUUUUGGGCUUUGUAUACAUAAUGACGAAGCUAUAAGCUUUUUUUUAGGAUGCAUUUCAAUAUUUUGUUGGUUAAACGCUCAGUUUCCUUCUGCAGAUGGAUUAAGCUUACCAUUUUUACUAACUUGGUUAUUGGGUGAUCUUACCAACCUUAUUGGCUGCAUUUUAACUAAGCGAUUGGCAUUUCAGUAUUAUCUUGCUGAAUAUUUUUGUGCAGUGGAUUUUGGAUUAUUUUUUCAAUAUUUUUAUUAUACAUGGUAUAAAAAACCAGUAGUAGAAGAUGAAGAUUUAGAAUUUAUAUUUAAUGAAAGCAAUAAUGAAAUGGCUACAAAUGGUGGUAGACCUUUAUCAACAUUAUCACUUAAAGACUCAAUCUUGGAAGGAGCAAAAAAGAAUUAUACGUUUCCCGCAAGGAAGAAAGAAUCAUAUCAACGAGUUACGACGAUUUUUGCUAUCUUUCUUUUUGCAUUUCAUACCACAUCCACAAUAUCAUCAUCAUCCAUUUCAUCCGUUUCCAAAAAUGAAGAUAACAAUAAUAAUGAAUUCACACUAUUUUUAGAAGAGAAUAGAGAUACGAUAGGGAAAAUAAUGGCAUGGUCAUGUACAUUUUUAUAUUUAACUAGUCGAAUGCCACAAAUAUGGAAAAAUUACACCAGAAGAUCAGUAGAAGGUCUUUCUAUAUUUAUGUUCAUUUUUGCAGCUCUGGGUAAUUUAAGUUAUACAUUAUCAAUAUUUACUCAUCCAUUGGCAAAAACCAGUCAAGAAUAUCUUUAUGAGCAAAUCCCUUAUGUAUUAGGAUCAAUUGGAACAUUAGCCUUUGAUGUUACAAUAUUUUUACAAUGGUAUGAAGAAUUUAUUACUUAUAGAGAUAGUAUUAAUUUAAGGGAUUCAAAAGUAUUUAAUUUAUCGGAUGAUGAUGGUUCAAUAGCUUAA